GAGCGGCAGCAGCGGCUGAGGCGCCGCGGCCCGGCCCCGCCCCGCCGCCGUGGGGGCGCCCCCGCCGCCUCGCCUCUGUCACCCCGCUCCGCCCUCCGCGGGCUGCUGGCAGCCGCCCCCCUGUCACAAAACGGCCGCCUCGGCGCAAAACCGGGCCUCGGGGCCGCCCGUGCCCUCCCCGCCGGUCUUACCCCGCGGCCGGCCGGCCCCGGGUGUGCAAGGAGCGGGCAGGAGGGCCUGAGGGGCGAGGUACCUGUCCUUCUGAUAGGCUUCUGGAUUCUCUCCAAGCCCCUUCUGCACGUUUCCACCCCCUCUUUCACACUGGAUCUAGCAAUCAUGAGACUAAAUGGCCGUCCUCUUCAGUAUUCAGAUGGGAAUACAUUCAUUCAGCUGGUGAUGUGUAGAAGAGAAGGCAGUGAACAUGCAGAGUACAACCAAGUUGUAGUGACUUUACUGUGAAUUGCACAAGCAGUGAAGUAUUUUGUGGAUGUUGCUGACCCACUGGGCUUAUACAAGGAAAUACUGCCUGGGCCAGAAACAGCUGUCAAGCCUCUCACUUUUGUUCUUUAACUGCAAGACUAUCCUUUGCCUAAAUAUCAGAGAAACCUGCAAAACAAGAAUUGCAAGCUUCAUUAAGAUAUAACAAGCCAAAUUAAUUCUUGAGGCAGGUGAUCUGCAACCAUGAGCAGCAACGAGUGCUUCAAGUGUGGGCGUACUGGCCACUGGGCUCGGGAGUGCCCAACUGGGAUUGGCCGUGGCCGUGGGAUGAGAAGCCGUGGCAGAGGCUUCCAGUUUAUGUCUUCAUCUCUGCCGGACAUCUGUUACCGCUGUGGUGAGUCUGGCCAUCUUGCCAAGGACUGUGAUCUUCAGGAGGAUGCCUGCUAUAACUGCGGUAGAGGUGGCCACAUUGCGAAGGACUGCAAGGAGCCGAAGAGGGAGAGAGAGCAGUGCUGCUACAACUGUGGCAAACCUGGCCAUCUCGCUCGUGACUGUGACCAUGCAGAUGAGCAGAAGUGCUAUUCUUGCGGAGAGUUUGGACACAUUCAAAAAGACUGCACCAAAGUGAAAUGCUAUAGGUGUGGUGAAACUGGCCAUGUAGCCAUCAACUGCAGCAAGACCAGUGAAGUCAACUGCUAUCGCUGCGGCGAGUCAGGGCACCUUGCACGGGAAUGCACAAUUGAAGCUACAGCCUAAUUAUUUUCCUUUGUCGCCCCUCCUUUUUCUGAUUGAUGGUUGUAUUAUUUUUCUCUGAAUCCUCUUCACUGGCCAAAGGUUGGCAGAUAGAGGCUACUCCCAGGCCAGUGAGCUUUACUUGCCGUGUAAAAGGAGGAAAGGGGUGGAAAAAUCAACUUUCUGCAUUUAACUACAAAAAUGUUUAUGUUUAGUUUGGUAGAGGUGUUAUGUAUAAUGCUUUGUUAAAGAACCCCCUUUCCGUGCCACUGGUGAAUAGGGAUUGAUGAGUGGGAAGAGUUGAGUCAGACCAGCAAACCCUCUCUGGGUUACAUGGAAGCGAUUCUAUGCAGGAGGAAAGAAAUUCUGGAAGUGUCUUAAACUUCCUCAUAACUUUAAUUUUAUUACAAUGGCCUUGGAUUGUCUGACCUCAGUAGCUGUUAACACCAAGUAAUAUCUGUAUCAGGCCCUACCUAGAGCAUAUAGCUGAGUGGGAGUAAAUAAACAAGAUGCACAUGCCUGUUAAUGGCCAUGAGAGAGAGAGAGAGAAAUCAGGAAUAAACUUAAAAUAACAGUAAUUCAGUCAAUGAAUGUUCAUGUUGGAGAUACAGAACGUAAUGGGAAGCUUUUGAAUAAAUACUUCAAAGUAAAUCUGAAACCCAGACAUCAGUGCUCAUAGCAUAUACAAUUUGGAGCUAUUCAGGAGUUGCAAAUAAAUGCAUUUUCACAGAAAUCAAGAUGUUAUUUUUGUAUACUAUAUCACUUAGACAACUGAGUUUCAUUUGCUUGUAAUCAGUUUUUAAAGUAAGAUGGUAAAAGCAAUUGAAGUCCUAGAACAUAGAAAAUGUAAUUUUAAACUAUCAAUAAAGCUGGAGGAGGAAGGGGA